AUGGCGGCGGCGGUGCAAGGCAGCGAAUGGUCUUGCGGCCGAUGCACCUUCCUGAACGCGGGGGCGGCGCCGCGCUGCUCCAUCUGUGAGGCGCCUCGCCAGAAGCCUGACCUAAACCAGAUCCUGAGGCUGAGCAGCACCGAAGAGCAGCAACGCUGGGCCUGCCCCCGCUGCACCCUCAACAACCCCCAGGGCUCCGGCGCCUGCACCAUCUGUGGCUUUGGACCCUCGCCAAGCACCCCCACACCGACCACAACCAUGGCCACCAUCGCCAAUGGCCUCGUGCCGCCGGAGACUCCCACGCCUGUCAUGACUCCCACGGUUCUCCUGGAGCCCCGCGGGCAGCAGCCGUCCAAGGAGGAGGCUCUGAGGAGGUCAGAGAGCAACGGGGAGGUGGGGGGCCCGGGUGGACCCGAGGGGCAGCAACACCAACACUUGGGCUGGGCGUGCCCGCGAUGCACACUUCAUAAUACUCCUGUUGCACUGUCGUGUUCGGCCUGCGGGGGACCAAGGAAACUGUCGCUGCCCAAGAUCCCCCCUGAGGCGUUGGUGGUGCCCGAAGUGCGCACGCCCGUGCUAGGGUUUCCCGUCCACGUGGCCCCUGUCCCCCCGCUCCUCAUUGACUUGACGGAUGACUCACCCACUGCAGCCGCCCCCUGCGAACCCCAGGAGCCCCCCCACAGCCACUUGCCCCCACCGCCACGCUCCUCCCCUUUCACGCCCUUCUCCUCUCUCCAGAACAACCCGGUGCCCCGCAGCAGGAGAGAGGUGCCCCCACCGGGGCGUCCGCCCAAUCCUAACCCCAAUGCCCCAAGCCCAACUUCUCCCUCCACGGCCUGCGUGCUGCCCCAGCACUGCCCUGCCCUCUGCCCUGCCAAGCCCAAGCACGCCCAGCCCCAGGAGCCCUCCUUCCCCAACAAGCGCCACAGCAUCCUGGAGGAAGAUGACGGCACCCACCCCCUUCCUUAUCACACCUCCCACACCCCCGUCACAUCGCCACCCACCUGGAAGUGCCAUGGAUGCUCCCUGCCCAACCUGAGCGACUCGUCCAAGUGCGAGGCAUGCCACUCGUCGCGGGCCGGCGCCGACCUCAUCGACCUGGUGGGCUGCGAGUCGGUGCGCUUCACGCCAGCAAACCCCUCCAGUCCGGACUCCAGCACCUGGGCCUGCUCCAAGUGUACCCUACGCAACCCCACCGGGAUGACCAAGUGCUCGGCCUGCUGCUCCUCCAAACUGCACGGCUUCCAGGAGCCUAGUUCUCACUGCUGCCCGCACUGCAGGCUCACCGGCCCCUGCUACUGCUCCUCAGCCUCCUCCACAUUGUCUUCUGGACACAAAGCCAGAAAACAGGCCCGGGUCUACCCCUCGCCCUCGGCCACCAACACCUCCUCCUCUUCUCCCUCAUCCUCGUCCUUCUCUUCCUCGUGCACACUGCUGCAGGAGAAGCAGUGGGGCUGUCCGGCGUGUACGCUGCUCAACGACACCAAAUCGAAGAACUGCGCGGCAUGCCACACGCCUCAGCAGUACCUGACACUGCGCAAGGUGGCCAAGCCGCUUAGGAGGAGGGAGAGCAUGCACGUGGAGGCGAGACGGCGCAACGACGAGGGCGAAGCCAAGGAACUCUGGGAGAACAUCACUACCUUCUGUCGAGAGAACGUGGUGAACUUCGUGGACGACAGCUUCCCCCCAGGCCCGUGUUCCGUGGGCUUCCCCGAGGGUGACAGCGUCCAGCAGCGAAUCAAAAAGUGGCUCCGCCCCCACGAGAUCAACUGCAACAACUUCAAGGACCGGGGUGUCAAAUGGUCCGUCUUCCGCACCCCGCGGCCUUCGGACAUCCUGCAAGGCCUGCUGGGAAACUGUUGGUUCCUUAGUGCGUUGGCGGUGCUGGCAGAGCGUCCAGAGCUGGUGGAGAGGGUGAUGAUCACCAGGGGCAUCUGCCAGGAGGGGGCUUACCAGGUCAGGCUGUGUAAGGAUGGUACCUGGAUAACCGUCCUAGUGGACGACAUGCUGCCCUGCGACGAGUAUGGAUACCUGCUCUUCUCCCAGGCCCAGCGUAAGCAACUCUGGGUGGCCCUGAUAGAGAAGGCCCUUGCCAAGCUCCACGGCUCCUACUUUGCCCUGCAGGCAGGGCGCGCCAUCGAGGGCCUGGCCACGCUGACAGGGGCACCGUGCGACUCCCUCAUGCUGCAGGUCAGCUCCACCAACCCCCGCGAGGAGCCCAUCGACACGGACCUCAUCUGGGCCAAGAUGCUCAGUUCCAAGGAGGCCGGGUUUCUGAUGGGGGCAUCAUGCGGAGGAGGGAACAUGAAGGUGGAUGAUGUGGUGUAUGAGUCGUUGGGCCUCCGCCCUCGCCAUGCCUACUCUAUCCUGGACGUGCGGGACGUACAGGGCUACAGACUUCUGCGGUUGAGGAACCCGUGGGGUCGCUUCUCGUGGAACGGCAGCUGGUCAGACGAGUGGCCUGAUUGGCCGCAGCUCCUCCGCCACGAGCUCAUGGCCCACGGCAGCAGCGAGGGCGUCUUCUGGAUGGAGUACGGAGACUUCAUCAAGUACUUUGACUCGGUGGACAUCUGUAAGAUCCAUUCGGAUUGGCAGGAGGUGCGGUUACAGGGCUGUUUCCCCAGCAGAGCCUUUGGUCCUGUUACGGUCACGGCCCUGACCGUUCUGGAGAGGACCGCGCUGGAGUUCGCCCUCUUCCAGGAGGGCAGCAGGCGGUCGGACACAGCAGACAGCCACCUGUUGGACCUGUGUAUCAUGGUGUUCAGGGCAUCGUUUGGCAGUGGCAACAAGUUGACCCUGGGCCGGCUGCUGGCCCACAGCAAGCGGGCCGUUAAGAAGUUUGUGGGCUGUGAAGUGAUGCUGGAGCCGGGCGAGUACGCCAUGGUGUGCUGCGCCUUUAACCACUGGCAGAUGAAUAUCAACGGAGUGGGGCUGCCCACACCAGUGUCGAGCCCCACAAGUGCACGGCGUCCCAGCCAAGACUUCCCAGGCUACAUUCUGGCCAUCUACAGCUCCCGUCAGGUGAUGGUGGAGCAGGUGGAGGCUACCGCUACCACGCUGGCCGACGCCAUCAUCCUACUGACCGAGAACAAGGGAGAGAGACACGAGGGUCGCGAGGGGAUGACAUGCUACUACCUGACCCACGGCUGGGCGGGACUGAUCGUGGUGGUGGAGAACCGCCACCCCAAGUACUACCUCCACGUGUCAUGUGACUGUACAGACAGCUUCAAUGUAGUGUCCACCCGCGGCAGCCUCAAGACCAUCGACAGUGUACCGCCUCUACACAGGCAGGUGCUGGUGGUGCUAUCCCAGUUGGAGGGUAAUGCAGGCUUCUCCAUCACCCACCGGCUGGCCCACCGCAAGGCCGCACAGGCAUCCCUAGGGGACUGGACCCCCACCAAGGCCACGCACAGCCCCCAGCUCACCCCCGACAUUGACGGCCUGCACCGGCCACGGCCCCUAUGA